AUGGAUUUAGCAUUUGGCCGAUGGUCUUUUGGUCAGCAGCUGGCUUCGGCUUCUCUGCAAAGCAGGGUUGGCCUCAGUAACGACCGAAAGGACGAGCAAAAGAGGAAAGCGAGCGAAUUACGCCGAAAGUGGAUUCUGCCGAAGCCACUUGGUGAGGUCAAUUUGGCCGCUGUUCACUCCAGGCGUAGUGGGGCAACAAAUUCUUUAAUGAAACUUAUCCGGUGCGGUGUAACGCUCGAUCACUCCGCAUCGACCAGGGAAUCUGACGGUCAUACAUCAAACACUCGACCAGUAUUCGUCAACAGAAACGGCAAAUCAGAAGGUAAAGAAAUUAAACCGCGCAACAAGUCACGCCUGCGACGACUGAAACCAAACGAGCUUUGGGCAUCCGUCGUCUCGUUAGAAAACAGCAAAAACCGACCGAUCGACAACGACGACAACGGAUGCUGUCAAACUCCAAACGAACUUCCGCAUACACCUAAGGUAGGCAUGCGUCGGAGCCAGCAUCGCUUAGGGAAGACAGACGAUCAGUGA